CGGGAGCCGGUUUGACGGAAGGAGCGGCGGCGACCGAGGAAGAGGAGGAAGAGGAGGAGGAUGGAGGCGGUAGUAUUCGUCUUCUCUCUCCUCGAUUGUUGCGCCCUCAUCUUCCUCUCAGUGUACUUCAUAAUUACAUUGUCUGAUUUAGAAUGUGAUUACAUUAAUGCUAGAUCAUGUUGCUCAAAAUUGAACAAGUGCUGUGGACUGAACUCAGGGCCUCAUGCAUGUGGGUGAUUCCAGAAUUGAUUGGCCAUACCAUUGUCACCGUAUUAAUGCUUAUUUCAUUGCACUGGUUCAUAUUCCUUCUCAACUUACCUGUUGCUACUUGGAAUAUAUAUCGGUUCAUUAUGGUGCCAAGUGGCAACAUGGGAGUGUUUGAUCCAACAGAAAUACAUAAUCGAGGGCAACUGAAGUCACACAUGAAAGAAGCCAUGAUCAAGCUUGGUUUCCACUUGCUCUGUUUCUUUAUGUAUCUUUAUAGUAUGAUUUUAGCUUUGAUAAAUGACUGAAGCUGGAGAAGCUGUGGUUGGACUUAACCUACAGUACAGUGCACAGUUGAGGAGCCAGAGACUACUUACAUCAUCCUUAGAACCGUGACCAUAGCAGUAUAUAUUUUCGUCUUUGAACAAGAUACUAUUUUUGCUGUAUUUUUACCAUAUAAAAUAUUUAAAAAACA